AUGCGUGUCUUGAUCAUCACGACCAUCUUUACCGUUCUGGCGGCUCUGUUCGUUGCGAUUCGGCUGUUUACAAGAGUGAAGCUGGUGAAGAACCCGGGAUACGACGACUUGCUCAUCCUCGGGGCCUUGCUAUCCUCGAUUACCUUCUAUGCGUUCAUCCUUGUCGAACGCCACUAUGGCCUCGGUGUUCAGAAAGCAUCUCUUCCAGAUAGCGCCAUCCAAGGCCAGAUGCAUUACCUCUGGGUCUCCGUCCCCUUUUACAACCUUUCCCUCAUCCUCGCCAAACUCUCCGCCCUCAUCUUCUACACCUCUAUCUUCCGGAUCCGCUCCUUCCUCAUCGUCACAUAUAUCACCAUGGGCUUUCUGGUCAUCGCAGGACUAUGGAUGGUCCUCAGUGGCUUCGUCUUUUGUGUUCCCGUUCAUGAAUUCUGGAGUUUGAAUACAGCCUCCCGUCUCAAGCACUGUCUCCCAGAAGGGCCGGUCUGGUUCACGAAUGCGGGAAUCCAGAUAUUCACAGACGUCGUGAUUCUCAUUCUACCAAUGCCUGUGCUAUCUCGGCUGCGUCUUCCAAAGCGACAGCGAGCCGGUAUCAUGCUGGUGUUUGGCGUGGGAAUCUUCGUCAUCGCCACUAGCUCAGCUCGAGUUUACGAGCUCAGCAUCAUGAUACGCGGACACGAUUUUACCAAAACAAAUGCCGAAGCAGCCGUCUGGUCAUCCCUCGAGGCCAACGUCUCCAUUAUCUGCGCCUGCCUCCCACCCCUCCACCCCCUAAUCUCCCGCAUCUUCUCCUUCUGCUUUCGGCCCCAACCCCUCCAUUCCUCUCCAGCUUCAAAAUCUCACUCCCACACAACAAACCUCACCUCCUCCCGCAAACCCUCCGUCUACGACAACCACUACGGUCCAGAUGGCGGAAUCUUUUACAACGAAGCCUUCUACGCCGGACCAGGCAGCUACACCGCGAGUAUCGCAAAGAUCGGCACAAACGAAGAUGAGCGUGAAAGCGGCGGUAGUGCCGCGGGCAGUGGGGAGGGUAUUCGCGUUGUCCGUGAGUUGAGGGUUGGGUCUGACUCUGUUGUUGUCCCGACUGUUAUGUCGGGGACUGAGGAUCAUGAUUUCGAGAUGGAGCAGCGAAAUCCUUCGACGGUUGAGUGGGACUUGGGAGACUUUGAGUUUCCUGACUAUAAGGAGCGGAUGAAUGCUGCUCUUUCAUGA